GGUCUCUGGCCUAUGCAGGCGCUCUCGCCCUACCUCGCGCAGGCCGCGGGCUGCGCAUUCGGAUGCUGGAGCGCUGGCGGUCAGAGGUGUAUCUGCGCCUGCAACUGCGACGUGUCGGGCGGGAUCGAUUGCGACAUCGUCGCGGUCCUUCAACGUCAGCUUGACUGCAGUGGGCCAGACCAGCUGGCGGCACCCGCCCCGGCGCCGUGCGUCUGCUCCUCGGCGCCUGCCUGGACGAGCGCCCUGGCGGGCUUCACCUUCGGAGUCGUCUUCGGAAUCAUCGGCUGCCUGGCAUGCUACUGCGCCGUGAUGUCAACGCGGCUGCUCUACGCUCGCGUGCGGGCGGACGGGUGGUCGCGGGUGGUCCUGACUCCGACUCUGGAUCAGCAGCAUGAGGAGGAUUUCUACCAUGCCGUGGAGAUCCAGGCUUGCGGUCCCCAGGGCGGCGCGCCCGUCAAGUUGUGUGGCAAGAACCUCUUCAAGCUCGGCCACCGGAGCAACUCUCAGUAUGCGGUCUUCUUGGAGUCAGGGGCCCUGGCGCCCCGCCUGGAGCUGCUGGACGUGCGCUUGCUAGGCAAGACGUUGGACUCCGACUUCAGGCGCGUGACGUUCGCCAAGCGCGCGCUGAUGCUGACGGAGGCAAUCGACGCCAACUGGCACCAGGCGCCCGCCACCACAUUGUGGGUGUUGCGGACUCACGUGGAGACCGCGGUGGCUCGGGGCGGCAUCAACGUGGCGGCGCUGGAAGCUUUCGAGACAGUCUGGAGGCGCUUCCAGCUUUGGGUGGAGUUCUACGCGGAGGCGCUGCGCAUCGCCGAGGCGGGGGGCCACGGGGGCGACCUGGACGAGAGAGGGCUCUUCUUGGGCAACCACCGCAGCAAGGGCCUGGCCAUCGCCAUCCCCCGCCUCGAGCAGUGCGUGGCGCCCAG